GGAAGUAGUGCUUUCGUCACUGAGGUGGUUUGUUGUCGUCUCUCAGCAGCCACAAGUCCUCUCUUUAUUUUUUCUUCUUCUUGCUUCUAAAGAUGAAGAAGUUUUUCGAUGACAUUAAGAAGGACAUGAAAUUUAAAUCGGCGGGGCCUGGGAAGAAGCUUACGGAAGACAGCAGAGCCGAGCCUGACAGAGACCAGAGGAGUUCCGGUUCCAAGCAGCAGCACCGAGAUGCCCCCAGCGAGGGAUCCCAGCGUGCGGGAGCGGCAGCUCUGGCCAGGAUUGAACAGCAACGGCGGCCCAAAGUCCACACCUCCCAGGACGCCAUCAGGAACCAGGUGAAAAGAGAACUGGAGGCGGAGGCUGCGGCGCUGGCUGAUAAAGACAAAGCUGAGACUGCCGAGGGAACAGACGUUGCCUCCAAAGACAGUCGGUGUCUCUCGGUGUCGGGUGUGUAUUUCACCUGCCCGUUAACGGGAGCCACUUUAACCAAGGCGCAGAGGGACGUCCACAUUAAAGAAGCCAUUUUAAUGCGCUUUGAAGAGGAUGCGGUGGAAGCCUCUGUGAUGAUGAUCCACACUUUUAACAAAGACAAAGACAAAGUGAAGGCCGCAGUGGACAUCAUAAGCAAGUAUGUUGAAAACAUAUGCAAGAAUCCUUCAGAUGACAAAUACAGGAAGCUUAAACUGAGUAACAAAGUGUUUCAGGACAAAGUACGCGGAGUGGAGGGCACUCGGGAGUUCCUGCAGGCCCUGGGCUUUACCAGCGCCAUGCUUCCUGUGGAAGGUCAAGACGAGGACGAGGAGUUCCUGGUCUUGCCAGAACAGAGUCCAGACGCCCUGGAGCUGAUGAAGGAGCGGCGGGAUCGUCUCCAGCGCGGCGAGCCGGUCCGAGCUCAGCUGGACCGGCAGGCUCAAGCGUUCCGAGCGUCGGACAACGCCACAAGUUUCGAGCUGCCGCCGGAGUUCUACAACCUGACCGCGGAGGAGCUGAAGCGGGAGCAGCAGCAGAGGAGUGAUUUGGUUGAGAAGAACUCGAUGCUCCGCACCAAGGCCAUGAGGGAACGAGACGAGCAGAGGGAGAGGAGGAAAUACAACUACACGCUCCUGCGCGUCCGACUUCCCGAUGGAAACCUGCUGCAGGGGACCUUCUACGCUUGGGACCGACUCCCGGCGCUGUUCGCCUUCGUGCGAGACUCCCUGGUGGACGGCUGGCAGCCCUUUGAGCUCAUCGCUCCGGGGGGUCAAAAACUACAGGAGUCAUCAGAUGUCGCGCUCGCCGAGUGCAACCUGGUCCCCGCAGCUUUGCUGUCCUUGUCCUGGGAUAGCGCCGUGCAGGCAGACAUUGCGGCCGCAGGAGGAAAAUGCUCCGACAUCCUCAAACCAGAGCUGCUGCAAAACAUUCGGACCCUGAGCUGAGCCGAGCGUUUCUCUCCCGGUGCCGCCGGGCUGAAACGGACCCUCAUCAACCGACUCGUCGUGCGCGUACUUGUUACUUGUCCGCAAAUGCUAACAUCAGGUAGCGUCACCCAAACGGAGCUGUCAGCUGACAGCUAAAUGAAGGAGAAACAGAAGCUACUGGAUCUGGGAUGUAGAUAAUAUUCCCAACAAUUGCUUUUGAUCGCAACAGAACAGAAGAAAUGUUAUGUCAACAAUGGGCGGCGUCCCCCCUCUGUUCCAGCUGUAGCUCCUUUUACACAGCAUGUAAAGCCAGCCUUUUCCCCUGCGUCAGCACCAGUUUGUGUUUUCAGUAUUAUUGGAUACCAGGUCGCCAUAUUGGCAUCUGCGUCAGGAAGAAUGCUCAAUGGACUCUGAAUGGAUGCGUUCUGUGUGAAAAGGGUUCAAGGAAACCUGAUGUAUACUAAUGCCUGCUUUGAAUUCCUGAAAAAAACACUAUGUCCUCCCCCCAAGUCAAGAGUCGUACUUGAGAGCAAAUGAACUUGGUUUGGGCCCAUGUACAGUUCUAGAAGCUGGAUGAGAGCAGUGUUGAGUAAAUGCUUCUCAUGUGCUCCGACAAACUACCUCUUCAUUGCUCAUCUUUCUCCGGCACUCCAUCGGCAAACUUCCAACACUUCCGUUUGUCUUUGAUGGCGUUCUUGUCUUUGUUUUGGAAACGACAAGGAGUCGGCACUUUGUUGUUUUGCUUGUACAUAAUAAAGAUGGCGUCACACACCUGCACUAAACUAGAGAACUGAAUGGAGAACUUUUUACCACCUUCUAAAAAUACACUUUAUACACGAAAUAACAUCCGUAGUCACCUUUAUACUCAUAUUAGCAAAUACUGUGAUAUGAAA